AUGAUGGACGUUCAAGAGAACAAGUCUAUAGACCUUGUCGAGAAAACUGACACUAAGAACGCUGACCAAAGACCCAAAUGGGACAACAAAGCUCAGUACAUGCUCACAUGCAUCGGAUUUGCAGUUGGUCUAGGAAACGUAUGGCGAUUUCCAUACUUAUGUCAAACCUAUGGUGGAGGGGCCUUCCUCAUCCCGUACCUCAUAGCUCUGGUUUGUGCGGGUCUACCCCUGCUUUAUAUGGAGCUCGCGAUCGGACAAAAUUUCCGGACCGGCAGCAUUGGAGUCUGGAACUCAAUCUCACCGUACUUGUGCGGCUUAGGUCUGGCUUCUAUGACAGUGUCCUUCCUCAUUGGCUUAUUCUACAACACCAUCCUGGCAUGGGUGUUAUGGUACUUUUAUAAUUCGUUUCGUGACCCACUUCCGUGGCAUCACUGUCCCACUGCACUAAACCUCACUGAAAAUAUUGAGGAGUGCAAACAGAGCACCCCUGCUAACUAUUUCUGGUACAGGGAGACUCUCAACAUCUCUCCAAACAUUGAUAUCAGUGGGGGUUUAGAGGGUAAGCUGGUGUUGUGUCUGGCUGCAGCCUGGUUCAUAGUUUAUAUCUGCUUCAUCCGAGGCAUUGAAACCAUUGGAAAGGCUAUAUAUGUGACCGCCAUCUUCCCUUAUGUGGUGCUCACCAUUUUUCUGAUCCAGUCAUUGACUCUACCAGGUGCUACUCUUGGAAUAAAAACCCUUUUCACCCCAAAUUGGGAAACAUUAAAGGACCCAAGGGUGUGGUUAGACGCAGCCACUCAGAUUUUCUUCUCUCUGUCUUUAGCCUUUGGUGGCCUCAUUGCAUUUUCCAGCUAUAACCCACAGAAUAACAACUGUGAAAGUGAUGCUGUCGUCGUUGGCUGCGUAAACAGUUUUACAUCCAUCUAUGCGUCUAUACCCAUCUUUGCAAUCCUGGGAUUCAAGGCACAAACGAAUUAUUCGGAGUGCAAAAACAGUACUAUCAGUACUUGGGCGGCUGCUUUAAAUAUUUCGGAUCCCAAUAUAACAGAUGCAAGUUAUGAACUAUGGUACACACACCUGAAUUCUACAAAUCCAUCAUUUGUCAAAGAGCAUAAUUUAAAGAUGUGUGAUCUUAAUGCAUUUCUCAAUCAGAGUGCAUCAGGCACUGGCUUGGCAUUCAUAGUGUUCACAGAAGCGGUUACAAAGAUGCCAGGUUCUCAGGUUUGGGCUGUGCUCUUCUUCAUCAUGCUGUUCACUUUGGGACUGUCUUCUAUGUUUGGAAAUCUAGAAGGGGUUCUCACUCCUCUUUUAGACCUGCAGAUUAUCCCCAAAAGAAUCCCCAAAGAACUUUUAACAGGUCUCAUAUGCCUUGUUUCCUUCACUAUCGCCUUGAUCUUCUGUUUGGGCUCUGGAAACUACUGGCUAGAAAUAUUCAACAGCUAUGUGGGGUCCGUCCCAUUGCUGGUCAUCGCCUUUUUUGAGAUCAUAGCAGUGGUCUGUGUCUAUGGUGUUAACAGGUUCAGUGAUGACAUAGCGUUGAUGACUAGACGGAGGCCCAACCUGUAUUGGCAGGUGAUGUGGAGGGUGAUCAGCCCCCUCAUGCUGCUGGUGGUCUUCUUAGCAUAUGUCAUAGUUGAGGCCCAGAAGGAGCCCACCUAUAAGGCGUGGAACCCAAAUCACGUUGAUUUUCCAAAGGCAGAGGAUCAGCCGUAUCCUUCAUGGGUCUUUAACAUCUGUGUUCUCCUGCCUGCUGUGCCAUGUUGUCUUAUUCCACUAGGGGUGCUCUACCGCUUCAUCCAGUUAAUUCAUAAAUACAUAACAAAUAGAAACACUUUAGAAGCUUAUGACGUUGAAACUUAGGGAUUGAUGUACUGUUAGCUCUUUCAAGAAUGUUUUUUUCAUUCACAAAAUCUCCAAUGGAGAACGUUUAUUAAAAAAUGUAACGUUAAUGCUGAAUGAUAACAACUUGCAGCACGCGUACAGUAGUAUUAUCAAGACUGUAUAAUCAUCUCUGAUUAUUUAAGAGGUUACAACUUGAGUUUUCCUGAGGAAACCAGAGGAAAAAGAUUUGAUGUGUUUAUAGACAAUAAAUGCUCAUGUAAUAUCUCAUGUCAUUUAAUUAGAUACUCUGUAUUUGUUUAUUAAAAUAUAUCUUGAAAGCAUA